AUGUUUAAGGGAAGAGUACAAUUGGACCAUCUGUUUGAAGUACAAGACACAGAAGGGGAUGUACUAGUUGUUAACGCGGAAAAUGUUCAAUGCAAAAAAGGUGAUAAAAGAAUAAAAGUGUUAAAAGAUAGUAAAAUUAAGAAAAAGUUGAAAGAGGGCAUAGCGCAACUGAAUCAAUCGGAGAUAUCUUCAUCAGAUGACAUCUCAAAAGAUUCUAAAAUUCCGGACAGUGUUGCGACACCCCAUACAGCGUCUCCGAUAAAAAGCGUCAAACUGUCGUCAAAUAAUUCGUUUACGACAGAUGAAUACCCGGAAGAAUUUAAAGUUUUAAAGUCCCCUUUGGUUGAGGUUUCCUUGGAUAGUUCAUUAAUGCUACCUCCGAACAGUGAAUCUCAAACAAAAGAUGCGACUCCGCCGAAUGAGGUUCAUUGA